AACAUUUCCCUUACAGGCGACAUUGUUUCAAAAUGAAAUCUAAGAAAUGUAAAAAUUACUUAAUGUCCCUUUUUUUUGUCUUCAGAUUUACAUUUGUGGUGGAUUCAAUGGGAACGAGUGUCUGCAGACAGCUGAAUGUUACAACCCAGAGACUGACCAGUGGACGAUGAUCAGUCCCAUGAACAGUCGCCGCAGAGGGAUAGGUGUCAUUGCAUAUGAGGAUCAUGUCUUUGCAGUUGGUGGCUUCGAUGGAAACAACCGUCUGCGCACCGCUGAGGCUUACAACCCACAAACCAAUACGUGGAACCUCGUCUCCUCUAUGUUGACCCGCCGCAGCAACUUUGGCAUUGCGGUAAUCAAUGAUCGCCUCUUUGCUGUCGGGGGCUUCAACGGCUUCACCACCACUUUCUACGUUGAGUACUACGACGCUUUAACUAACCGGUGGUUUAAAGCAUGUGACAUGGGGAUUUUCCGCAGUGCCCUGAGCUGCUGUGUGGUGUCCGGACAUCCCAACCUGUCUGAUUACACCAUUCCUCGUGACAGCCUGACAUAUUUAAAUGUGCCAGAAGAAGCAGCGGAGUCCACGUAACACCUUUAAAAUGCAAUACUGCCAUGUGUCAACAUCUGGGACUCCAACAUUAAGGACUGAAAUAAAUCUUUAGAACAUCAA